CCACGCCCCCGCCCGGAUGUCGCGCCCGCCCCCGCUGCCCGCCCUCCUGCCUACCCCCCCCCCCCCCGAUAAUCUCGCCAGCAUCGCCGCCGCCGCCCCUCCCCCAUCGCUCCACCCUUCGCCAUUCUCGCCCCGCUCCCUGCCAUCCCCUUCCAUCGGCGCCCUCGCCAUCCUCGCCCCGAUCUCCAUCAAAAGAAGCUAGCGACGGCCUCGCCAUCCUCGCCCCAUGUUCCCCGUCCCAUAGCCCCUACCCCCACCGCGUCUUCCCCGUCUCACCGCGCCCGCAUCCUCUCAUCCCGUCCGUCGCGCCCGCACCCCCAUGCAAAACUGCUGGCAUCCUCGGCGUGCGGGCCGCGCCAAGCCUGGUGGCCGGCUCGUGGACCUGGACAGCGCCGAGAAGGGCCCAAGGAUGUCCCAGUCCCCGUCCCUGCGCCACGAGAGCUGGCGUUCUCCGGCAAGGUCGUCGUGGCUGGUGUGCCGGCAAGGGCGAGCGUGCACCUGUCCUCGGCGUCACCACCUCGCCCCCUUCCGAGAUCGACGCUGCCAUCCCCCAAGCUCGAGAUCGGCUCUCCCCAUGGUGCCUCAUGGCCUCUCAAGUAGGGAUCCGCUCAAUGACUCCACAUGUUCCCUCCCCGGUGCCGGUUCCUUGCCUCAAAUGCCUGCGACACCGUGCGGCCAGCUCCAAGAACCGGCGCCGCAGGAGGCGCUGGUAGAUGAAGCAGGGCCUGCGCCCAAGGCGGUCGGUCGCGGAGAUCUGCCGCGCCCACACGCGUCUUAGGACAGAAGUGUGCUGCCAAGGCUGAGGAGAUCUACCAAAACCUAGAGGAGGAAGAGGUCCCAACGGCGUCCUUUGUUCAAAUGGCUAUUUCAGUAUCAUGCUUUUUACUUCACAUGAGAACCUCAUUCUCCUCCAAACCAACAGAGGUACCUGCUAGAUUUGUUUAUCCGGAGAUUCUAUUGUGCCAACUAUUUAUUUGAUUUGCUGCAAUUUUUAGGGUUUAGCUUUGAUCAUAUUUUAAUGUAGUGUCAUGGGUUCUAUAACACUAUUAACUUGCCAACCAAAGGUGGGUGUUUUUUUGAAGCAAGAUAUGAAUCCACAGGUUUUUAUGAGGAAGCUACCACAAAUUCUUUUGGAAUAUUUUGUCUUAGAGGACUUGUGCCUGGAUCAACUUACUCUAUAAGAGUGGCUGCAAAAGAUAAUCUUCGGUUUGCACCAGUUCAGCGUGCUUCACCUGAGUUAAAAAGGUCAUGAUAUUUUCUCGAAUGAUAUUUUCUCCAUGUAUUUCUUUGGCUGUUAGUAUUUAUAUGGCACCUACUUAUGAUAGAAAAUAUUAAAACCCACCUGAGUUAAAAAAGGUCAUGAACAAAAGGCUUGAUCCAUUAUUUGGAACUUAUUCAGAUCAGUAACGAAACUCCAGCUGAUUGUGCAACUGUUGUUUACUAAAGCUACAAAAUGCACUGGCACAAAAAAUUAAUCAUGCCAAACACAUCCACACAAUCUAUCUCCAAAAUUCAAUCAACAAUAUAUAGUGUACAUAGUUUACUAAAGAAUGUAAGGUUUAGUGGGAAGGGAGAUAGGAAUACUUAAACAAAUCCAGAUUCAAAGAAACAGGGAAAAGAAAAAGGAUGCACAGUUUAUGGCGAGUGAACUCGAGCGCUUCUAUUCGGAGAUGAUGCAGAGCUCUCUGCAGGAUUAUCCAAAGUUAAUAUAUGUGUUUUGUUUAACUUAUUCCCUCAUUAGUCAUUCUUUUUCUCAUAAUGCAGUCUUACGAGAUAAAAAGAGAGAUUCUUCAUGCCUUGGACCAAACUGAUGGAGACAGAUCCAUAGAAAAUAGUGCAUGGCUUUACAUUUUGUUUGUGUUAUUUUUUCAUAGCUUUACAGGCAUUGUAAAAUGUAAUCUUGUUUCACCUUAUCCUGAUCAUUCUCAUGUUUCCUACUUGUAGAAACUAAGGGGGGAUAAUUGGUGUAAGGAACAAAAUGGAAGUAGUGCAGCAGGAUGAUGAAGCAUUAGUUAAACUUGAGAACACAGGUAUUGAACGCUCAAAAGAUGUUGAUUCUGCAGUGCUGGGAAAAUAUAGCAUCUGGAGACGUGAAAAUGAAAAUGAGAAGGCAGAUUCAAGGGUUCGUCUGAUGCGAGAUCAAAUGAUCAUGGCCAGAAUUUAUUCUGUUCUUGCCAAAUAUAGGGACAAACUUGAUCUCUAUCAGGAGCUGCUAGCAAGACUCAAUGAAAGCCAGCGCUCCCUUGGGGAAGCUACUGCUGAUGCCGAACUUCCGAAGAGUGCUUCAGAUAGAAUCAAAGCAAUGGGCCAAGUUUUAUCAAAAGCAAGGGAUCUGUUGUAUGAUUGCAAGGAAAUUACCCAGCGUUUGAGAGCAAUGCUUCAGUCAGCAGAUGAGCAGGUCUGGAGCUUGAAGAAGCAAAGCACCUUCCUUAGCCAGCUUGCAGCUAAGACAAUCCCAAAUGGCAUCCAUUGUCUUUCUAUGCACUUAAGAAUUGAUUAUUACCUUCUCUCUCCAGAGAAAAGAAAGUUCCCCAGUAGCGAGAACUUGGAAAAUCCUGAUCUUUACCAUUAUGCUCUUCUCUCAAACAAUGUUUUGGCAGCAUCAGUUGCGGUCAACUCAACCAUCAUGAAUGCGAAGGUUAGUGUAAUCCCCAUCUUGAAACUGGAAGUGUAAUCUCUUCAUUAUGUCUACCAUUGAAUGACCCAUUAUAUAGCACUUUUGAUUUUCUUUCUAUAAAUUUUCAGGAGCCUGAAAAACAUGU